CUCCAUCAACCCUCUCCAACCUCAUCCAACCUCUCCAAUUCAAUCACACACACAAACCAUGGCCCCCAUCACCGAAAUCGCCAUUCUGCCGCUCGCGGCCGGCGCCGCCGUCGAAGACGCCAGCUCCCCCGCCGGCCAGAUCUGGAACGACACGCUGCGCACGGUGCUGGGCCGCGACGGCGCGCAGCGCGCCUACUGGGGCCGCGAGCUCGAGAAUCCCAGCACGCUGCGCCUGUUUGUCGACUGGGAGACGCUCGAGCACCACCAGCGCUUCAUCGCCGACGCCUCCUACGCCCCCUUCGUCAAGCACCUCCUCCAGAUCCUCGACGGCGCCCCCCUCCUCUACCACUCGCAGCUGUCGCCCUCGCCGCCCGCCCCCGCCCUCAGCGACGCCAGCGCCCCCGCCACCGAGCUCCUGACCGUAUACUUCCCGUCGGACCUCUCGGCCGAGGACGCCGCCACGAUCGAGGCCAACAUCGCAAAGCUCACGGCCGCGAUCGUCGAGCACGGCGGCUCGGUCAUCAAGGGCGCCGCUGGCGGCUGGGUCGUCGAGACGCUCGACUACGACGCCGCGAAGGUCGAGGGCGGCAAGGCCAAGGCUUAUGUUGCCUGCGUUGGCUGGGAGAGCGUCGACGCCCAUGUCAAGUUUAGGGAUACGGACGCUUUCAAGCAGAAUAUUACCCUGUUGCGCGAGGCGCCGCAGCUGAAGGGCGUCGCUAUGGCGCAUGCCAAGUUGGUCGAGGCGCAGGCCCCGGCUGGUGUUUAGAUGCGUGCGGUGGUGGUGGGUUUGUGAAUGGUCUUGAUGGUGGUGGAAUAGACGCGAUGACUGCGGCCGUAGAUAGAUAGAGCUGAGCAGACUAGACCCGCUUGUACGUAUCACGAUCGCUCAAAUCAAGUAAAUAUUUGAUUUAUUGCUCCUUCACAUACCCAGAUACAUCGGAAGC